AUGGGAGAUGGGUUUCUUGAUAGAGUGGAGGAUAAUGCGGCUAUCCGAACUUGGGCUGGUAUGAUGCAGUGUGAAAAAGGUGAUAGUUUGGCCGAGGGAUACGUAUCAGAAUUAUGGGACUUCACCUGUAUUAGCGUAGCCCAUAACAACUUGCAGGAGUUGAAGGAGAUUUGGGAUCAGUGGAAUAAUGAGGUAGACAAGCGUCUGUCUCGAGCUCUUGCCCAAUUUUGGAAUUCGACUUAUAGUUGCUUCACGUUCGGAAAGGUUGAUUUGGUGCCUACAAUAGAAGAAUACGUGGCUUUACUUCGGUGUUCAAGGAUUCAAGUAGACAGAAUCUACUCGAAAGCCGUAAAUGGACCGACCUUCUUGAAGAAGCUGAUGAAUAUAACGAGGAUGAGUGAGCAGUGGGUUACAGCUCGAAUUAAGCAAAAAGGGGAUAGCAGGUGUAUUCCCUGGAAAAAUUUGAAAGACCUUAUUUUGGCACACCCAGACAUGAGGAAGAAGGUAGAUGUCUUUGCUUUAAGUAUAUAUGGUUUAAUUGUGUUUCCAAGGAUUUUGGGACAUGUUGACGAGGCGGUCACUGAUUUAUUUGAUUGGCUUGAUAAGAGAGUUACACCAGUCCCGGUAAUUUUGGCAAAAACCUUUAGGCCACUGAAUGCAUGUCGGAGAGUGGGAGAGGGUAGAUUUAUUGGAUGUGCACAGCUUCUACUUGUGUGGUUCCACAGCCACUUUUGGAAGGUGGGUAAAGUUUCAUAUCGGGUCUUCUCUGAAAUUUAUUCACCAUUGAAGGAGGUAGUGGCUACGACAAGGAGAGAUGACAUCUCGGAGGAGAAAUGGAUGGCAAUUUUUCAAAAUCUGCAAGAGGAGGAUAUCGAGUGGAGAGCUCCGUGGUUGCUUCCAGAUGAUAUCCUAUAUCGGUGUGGGGAUUUUGAUUGGGUUCCUUUGCUUGGAAUUUGGGGUGCUGUUGGUUAUGCCCCAUUACUAGUGCUAAGGCAAUACAAGUCAAGGCAAUGA